UGGUAGGUGGGAGUGCAAAUAAAACAAAGAGUAAACACGAGAAAAUUGAAGUCAUUUAGUGCAAAUUAGAAUAUAAUGCACUCAACAAUUUGUUAGGGUUUUUUGGCACUAGACACGUUAAAAAGAAGUCGAUGAAAUUUCGCAAACUCUAAAAACAUUUAAAAGGUUUUGCUCUUUUUUGUCCGUUUUUAUAAAUCAUAAUUGCCAUGUCCACACAAUUAUUGUUAUUGUCGAAUUGAUUUUCCUCGUUGCAUAUGUUUCUUUCGGGAUUAGCAUUCAGGACUUUGCCAUCUAGGGCUGCUAAAUUACUGCAUAGACCAAUAGUAACAACUGCAGUAUUCAGAAUGACGUUCGUGAUCGACAACAUCAUCAAAAGCCCCGAGGACAAACGGGACUACAGAGGUUUAAUUUUGGACAACAAACUCAGGGUUUUGAUCAUCAGUGAUCCUAAAACGGACAAGUCGGCAGCUGCCCUAUCAGUCAACAUUGGCUACCUGAGUGAUCCUUGGGAAUUGCCUGGUCUGGCCCACUUCCUGGAGCACAUGUUGUUUUUGGGCACGGAAAAGUAUCCGAGUGAAAACGAGUACAACAAAUUCCUCUCGGAACACAGCGGCUCCUCGAACGCCUACACCUCUGCUGAACACACAACCUACUAUUUUGACGUCGCCCCUGAGCAUCUGAAGGACGGACUGGACAGGUUUGCCCAAUUUUUUGUGGCGCCCCUUUUCACUGAAGACGCAACUGAACGCGAGGUGAACGCCGUCAACUCGGAGCAUGAAAAGAAUUUGGCCAACGACAGCUGGAGACUGGCCCAGUUGGAGCAGAGCUCGAGCAUCGAAGGUCACCCAUACACCAAAUUCGGCACUGGCAACAAAGACACCCUGGAAACUAUUCCCAAGAGCAAGGGCAUUGACGUCAGACAAGAGUUGCUCAAAUUCCACAAGACUUACUACUCGUCAAACAUCAUGUCCCUGGUCAUUUUAGGAAAAGACCCUCUUGACGAGCUGCAAGAGACGGCUGAAAAUUUGUUCGGGCCAAUUGUGAACAAAAAUGUUGAUCUGCCCAAAUGGCCUGGCAACCCCUUCGGACCAGAGCAACUGACCAAGAAGGGCCUCGCUGUGCCCAUCAAAGACUGGCGCUCUUUGACCGUGACCUUUCCGAUUCCAGACUUCCGAAAACAUUACAAAGCAGGAGCUGGCCGUUAUUUGAGUCACUUGAUCGGACACGAAAGCAGCGGAAGUCUUUUGUCGGCCCUGAAACAGAGGGGCUGGUCCAAUCAAUUGAACGCCGGCGGACGCAGAUUUGCCCGAGACAUGACUUUCUUUGUCAUCUCGGUUGAUUUGACGGAAAAGGGUCUGGAACACACUGACGACAUUGUGGAUCUCAUUUUUCAGUAUAUCAACAUGCUUCGUAAGGAAGGACCCAAAGAGUGGAUUUUCAACGAGUUCUCUGAAAUCGCAAAGAUGAACUUUCGAUUUAAGGACAAAGAAAUGCCUCGCAGCUAUGCUGUUAACUUAGUAGAUAAUUUGCUGGAUUAUCCAAUUGAUGAAGUUCUCACCGGACACUAUUUAGUCUCAGAAUGGAAGCCUGAACUUAUUGAACAACUGCUGAGUAAGCUAACUCCGGAAAACUGCAGGGUUGGAAUCGUGUCCAAGAAAUUUGACGAAAUUGCUGAUCAAUCCGAGAAGUGGUACGGCACAAAGUAUAAACUUGAAAGCAUUUUGCCCGAGCUGCUUUCCAAGUGGAGGAAUUGCCAGCCGAGCGAGGAAUUGCGACUGCCCAAAGAAAACGAGUUUAUUCCAUCGAGCUUUGAUCUGUUUCCAAAUGAGAAAACUGAAUCAAAGCAUCCAACCGUGAUCCACGAGACACCCUUUGUCAGGGUUUGGUAUAAAAAAGACGAGGAAUUUCUCCUGCCGAAAGCAAACUUGAUCUUUGAGCUUACUAGUCCUUUUUCCUACUUGGAUCCCCUGAGAGUGAAUUACACCAACAUUUACCUGUCACUGGUGCACGACGCCCUCACUGAAUACACUUACGAUGCCAUUCUGACCUCGCUGAAAGGGGAUGUGAGCUGCAUUAGAUAUGGUUUAGUGGUCACAAUCAAAGGCUUUCACGAUAAGCAGAAAAAUCUUUUGGCUAAAGUUUUGGACACAUUAGUGAACCUAGAAGUGGACGAGGAACGCUACGAAAUCUUCAAGGAAUGUCACAUUCGAAGCCUCAAGAACUUUGCAGCUGAACAACCUCACUCUCAUGCUCUUCAUUAUGAGAUGGCCUGUCUUUCGGAGAAGGCUUGGGUCAAAACUGACCUUCUCGAAGCAACCAAAUAUCUGACGUUCGAGGGUCUCAAGAAUUUCAUACCUCAGUUUUUCUCAAUGGUGCAUGUCGAGAGCCUAAUUCAUGGAAAUGCAAAUAAAGAUGCAGCUCUGAAGUUGGUGGAAGUUGUCGAGGGAAAGUUGAUCAAAAAGACUCAGCCGCUUUUACCACCACACCUGUUGAGAUUCAGGGACAUUCGUCUAGACGAUGGAUGCAGUUAUGUUUACGAGGUCACCAAUGCCACGCACAAAAGCUCAUGUGUCGACAUGUACCUGCAGUGCCCACAGCAAAGCACCGAGCACAACAUGCUGCUGGAACUUUUCGUUCAAAUUGCCACCGAGCCCUGCUUCAAUAUUUUGAGGACCAAAGAGCAACUGGGCUACAUUGUUUCGAUGAGCAUUUCUCGCAGCCAGGCUAGCCAGGGUCUCCGAAUCCUAGUCCAGUCGUACAAACACCCAGCCUUGGUUGACCACAGGAUCGAGCAUUUCCUGCACGAGAUGAAAAGCUGCAUUGAAAGUAUGAGCGAGGAAGAGUUUGAGCGGCACAAGCAGGCUCUGGCUGUGCACCGGCUGGAAAAGCCAAAGAAAAUGUCAACCUUGACCCAGCAGUAUUGGUACGAGAUUUCGUGUCAACAGUACUGCUUCGACCGAGACAAUAUCGAGGUGGCCUUUCUGAAAACCCUAACCAAGGAAGACCUCCAGCAGUUUUACCAAAACUACAUCAGUGGCUCUGGAAAGUCCAGACGCAAGCUGACGGUCCACGUCCUGUCCACUGCCGAAGGUGGUGCCGGAGCUGCUGAAGUCGAGUUGGAGGAAUCGACUCCGCCGGAAGGAGUUGUUGAGUCGAUGAAAAUUGAAGACAUCUGCACCUUCAAGAGUAGCCAAGGCUGCUUCCCCUUCCUGCGCCCUUACAGCCACCACAGGCCUCAAGGCUCGAAGGCUAAACUGUAAUUUUCAGUUUUAUACUUACUUAAUAGACCUUUAGUGUAUUUAUGCCUGUAAGAUGUGAAUUCACAUUAAAUAAAAAUAGCAAACUUGUUUUUGUUUCUUAA